CUAGCACCAAGUAGAAGAGUGAUAAGCUCCAACACACCACCACUCUAGUCCCCUUUCAGAUUCUGAAAAUUGGAGCACAAAUUCUUAUUUAAAAGGAGGAGCAACUUACCAAAUAUAUAUAUAAUAUAUGAUAUGAAAUGGAUAUAGUGACCUUCGGAGUUAUAAUCGGCAUAAUCGUUCUCUUCUUCGGCGCUGUUUGCUUCAUCACCAUUGAAGGCACUUGCAAGCGCCGUCCUUCCUAGUCCCAAUCCAAACAGCCCCUUCAAAAACUCAUUUAAGUCUUCAAUAACCCCCCAAAAUGGCGAUUCUCAGUACCCAGAUCUGCUCAAUGUUGGUUCUUGUGGUUUUGGGAAUUGGGUUUUGCUCAAAUCUGGGUUUUGGGCACGAGGGUCAUAGUUCUGGAUCCAGUGAAUCCGCGGUCCGUGAUGAUCAUGCUCAUCACCACUGUGAUCACGGACACGGUCACCAUCACCAUCAUGAUCAUCAUCCUGAGGAGAGGAUGGUUGAAUCGAAGAAGCUACUACCAGAGGAAUUGGCUGAGGAGGAGGAUCUGAAGCUGUACGGAUUUGGGUCCCACCAGAGUCACCAUCACCACCAUGAUCAUCAUCAUCAUCACGAGCAUGGUGCUUCGGAGCUUUCUGGUGCCGGUCUUUGGAUUUAUGCGAUGGGAUGCUCACUGUUGGUGAGCAUGGCUUCCCUCAUUUGCCUGAUAAUUUUGCCUAUAAUAUUUAUCCAAGGAAAACCAUCAAAGGCAGUUGUGGACUCAUUGGCUUUAUUUGGGGCUGGAGCCAUGUUAGGUGAUGCUUUUCUUCACCAAUUGCCACAUGCUUUUGGUGGUGAACACUCCCAUUCACACAAUCAUGAUGUCGAUCAUGCUCCUUUUGGACGUGAGCAUUCACAUUCUCCUAAACAUGCACAUACCUUAAAAGAUCUUUCUGUUGGUUUGUCCGUUUUGGCUGGAAUUGUACUCUUUCUUCUUGUAGAGAAAAUUGUGAGGUAUGUUGAAAAGAAUUCUAAAGGAGCCAAUGUGUGGAACCAUACUCACCACCACCAUCAUCAUAAGAACAGUAAAAAGUUAAAGGAUGACAAUGACGAUGAUAACAAGAUUCAGCAGCAGUCUCUCAAUGAAAAGAAUGAAUGUGUAUCAGAAAUUUCAUCUCAAGGGAAGGUUUUAGAUGGAGGGUCUGAAAAGCAAAAUCAGCCUGAAUCUCUUCGGAAGAGAAAAACUGGCAGUGGUGCUGGAGAAGAUAAUAUUUCAGAUGCUCCAAAUGGCUCCACUGACCAUAUAAAAUCCGUGGUCGAAAAAGAACCUUCUCAUUCUCCAUCAAAUCUUGUGUUUGGUUACCUUAACCUCUUCUCUGAUGGUGUACACAAUUUUACUGAUGGGAUGGCUUUGGGAAGUGCUUUCCUUCUUUAUGGAUCAGUUGGUGGGUGGUCAAGAACUCUGUUUCUGCUUGCACAUGAGCUUCCUCAAGAGGCUUUAGAAGGAUGCAAGCAUGCAAGGUGCCUUGUUUUGUUUCCUAUAAGAAAAUGUGAGCUGAUGGUUUAUUUUACUCCAUAACUAACUGCAUAUAUUCUACUAGGCUUGAUACUUAACCCCACUGCAUUGCAGCAUCUGCUAAAAUUCUAUACCACGGGUAAAAGUGCAAAAUGAAUUGGAUCUAUUAGAUGAACGCCAUUUCUAGUUCUUUUCUUAUGGUAAAUAUAAAUGACACUGUUUCUAGGGCUAAUCGUGCCAGUAGUCCCUAUAUAUUAUCCCUUGUGUCAUUUUGGUCAUUGCAAUUUCAGUUAACUCGAUUUUGCCUCUUAAUUUUAAAUUGUAUCAAUUAAGUCCAAUCGAAAACGGUCAUUACAAUUUUUGACGGAACCAAUUUUCAGGGGCAUAAUGGUCAAUUCAGCUGUUUAUCUCUCUACCUUCCACAAUUAUUGUUUCUUUCUCCCCGACAACCCAGUGCAAACCAUCACCACCUUCCAUCAUCAACGUCAGCUAUUAGCAGUGGCUAUCAACACCACCACCUUCGUUCAUCACUGCUAGCAAUCACCAGCAUCCACCAUCUUCCACCCUCCCAAACCACCACUUCUGCCACCCAAAACCUCUUCCACUCAACCCACUUCACUGUCAUUGCCACCAACUACCAUCAACCAGCCGCAGUCAACCAUUGCUAAAACGCCCUUUUUGCCAUCCAAACCUUCCUCUACCAGCCCGAAACCCAACCCAUCAACAUCAUCCAACUAUCAUCAGCAAGGAAAAAAAAAAAAAAAAAUCAUU